AGGUACCUAUCUAUCUCUUUAUGGUCCGCUUUCCUCUAUCAUCGAUUGCCAUUCCAUGCUAGGUAGACGGGAACUCUUUGUCUGUCGAGAGAGUUACCUUAGGUAGGGCCGGGACUCGAGCCAAGUGCCUGCCCUGAGCUGCCGUAGCGAAGGACCAACAAUGCCGGCAAUGAGCCGACCUCUAGGCAGCCACGCCGCCUGAUUCGCCAUCCCGACGCCAAGACGCCGCUAAACCCUUAUGCGAUAGGGUCGUAAAAGAGACCUCAAGGUACGCCAAAGUCAAUGGGAGCCAGCGUCUAGCCCUUUGCACUGCAAUCUAGAAAAUCUCAUUCCUCCCUUUUGCUUUCUUUGGCAUGCCACCGUCGGUUUGUCGACUGUCGCUCGUUGUUUUCACGACUUGCUGUGUACUCUGCGCACACUCUUUCGUUCAAUUAUCAAACUUCUGUCGCCAACAUCAUCCGGAUCGUCGUCACGCCGAUCGCUCUUUUCGCGCUUAAUCACCGGUCCACUGAAUCACUACUAAUAUCUCGAUAACGUUGCCCCAAACUUGGUCAAACAAACGAACAAAAUGACCGCAGCCGGACCGUCCAGCAGCACGCAUGUUGCACAGGAACGAACCGGUAAUGAUGGAAGCACAGCCAUGCAAGGAGCACCACUCCUGCCUCAUUCAGUCACCCAGGACAAGAAUGGUGCGGUUUUCCAGCAGCAACAGGCGCCUGUGCCGUUCGGAUAUGGCACUGGCACAUAUCAACCUUUGCCUCUGCGGAUUCCUGGUUCGGAAAUUGCCUACAGCAAGAAAUGGCACGUUGUGAAACUGGCUUUCCAAACCGCAUCUCUUGUGUGCUCUGCCGUCAUUUUUGGAAUUGGCCUGGCACUGGGCGUCUAUGGUGAGCAAUCGGAGGAUUACCGCUGGUGGGAAAUAGACCCCGUUUUUGCCAUUGAUGCCUCGGCAGCCGGACUGGCAAUUAUAUGGACCGUGGCUGAGUUCCUAGUAUUGUAUGCCUCCAAAGGACGUCGAGGCAUUCAUCCCGGAGCUCAUGUCGGUGUUCAACUGAUCAUUGUCCUUGUGGCUUCCUUGGGGGUCAGCAUUGGUGGCGUCUUCGUCUACGAAUUCAAGAGAGACUACUACGAUGAACCUGUCAUACCCAACCUCCUAACGGGUCUCGUGCGAACCCUGCUUGCGUUCUCUAGCAUUCUUUGGAUCAUCCACUUCUUCCUCUUCGUUCGAGCCUGUGUUGAAACACAUACCGUCAAUGCGACAAACAAGUCCCGAAGAAUCACCUAUGUCCGAGUUCCGGUACCCGUACCAAUGCAGAUGGGUCAAAUACCUUACAAUAUGGUAGCUGGACAACAUUCGAUUCCUGACCAGCAAAACACGAUGUAUGGCGGUUAUUACGCCCCUGUUGCGCAACAACCUUCAGCAGUCCCACAGGGCUCUCAACAGCAACCUGGUGUGCCUCUACAGGGCUAUCAAGCGUCAACUUCAUGAGACACUUGUCUACCUCUACGCCCCCACUUGAUGACUUGAACUGAGGUUUAAUACACCAUUGUGUUCACGACGCGGCUGACGCUCCCAAGUGGUCUAGCCAAUAUUCAGUGAGCUGAUAGACGGUUCGAAAAGCUCAAGGAGACGCUUGAGUGAGGGCAUAUCUUACCUCUCAUAAUACGAAUGACUUCCAGGGUGAUGAAAUAUUCAUUGUCUGGAUACAUUCAAGACGGCACAGUAUCGCUCAAAAGACGCUGGGGCGCGUCGGAUGGACAUCGAGGUCCUUAUUGAAACGGAAAUCUGUGGCCUACCAUUAUGGGUCACGAAGCACUUGGGGGAUGGGAUGAUGUUUUACAACACAAAUAAACUAAUGCAGUAAUGUUGCCUUUCAC